AUGUCUGACUCCCAUCAAUCUCGCCUUCGUUACUUAGUACUUGAAUGUCCCAAGGCAAAGGGUGGUAUCAAAAUGACUCCUGUGAGUCUCGAACUGACCCGUUCUCCGGUGUUUAUGAAGCGUCGGAUUAUGCCAAUUGGACUUCGUGAGCCCGUAAAAAAGGCGUUAGAUGAAAUGACUUCCACAGUUGGCGUCGCGGCCGGUUUUUAUCUCAUUAUGGACACCUGCAACUUGGAAAUUCUUGAUAUUCAUUCGAUUUCACGUAAUGUGGAAGACUAUUUGGAGCGUUUUGAGAUUUGGUGUCUCAACCGCAAGAGUCUGGAUGCCGAGAAGAAGACAGCACAUUUUCUAUCAGCUGUUGGAAAGGAAGCUUAUGCACUGAUUAAAAAUUUGGCGUUCCCAGAGUCACCAAUACAACGGAAGUACGAAGAACUGAAGGAUCUGUUACUAAAGCAUUUGCAGCCAGUCAACUUCGAAGCGGCUGAGCGAGCGAAAUUCCAUUGCCUUGCUCGUGAUCUAAUCAGGCUGUCCAAGACUUCAUUCUUCAGCUGCAGACCCAGGCUCCGCGCUGUAAUUUCAAAUAUCAGCUUCAAACUCAGCUCCGUGAUAGACUCAUUGCUGGAAUUAACUGUUCUGAGCUAUAGCAGCAANACCGCAAAGGUGGUCUGUGAACAAUAUCAGGAUGUACGUGCGGCCGUACGUGAGGAGCCGAAAGUAUUGUUCAGUCACAAUCGUGGGUCAGCGCUUGAAGCUCAACGGAGGCGGCAGUUCAAAAUUGUCAACGAAGCUGUUAAUCACAGUCCGACGUCCACACAACCUGCAAGUAAAAACAUCCGCCACUGGAACCCUUGCAAAUCAUGCGGUAGGCGACACUCUCGACUGACUUCUCGCAUCACCGGGCAACUGUCCGGAUAUCAUAAGCUGUUGUCCACGAUCCCGCGCGACAUGCUUAUUGUAGUGAUCAACUUCCGGGAUAUUUACAUGUAUAUUCCUGUGCACAAUCCGUACGACGUGCUCAAAGAAGCACUUCUUUGUCGUAUGGCAGUUUCCGAAGAGAAACGCAUCCAGCUCCUCCUGUCAGGGAUCGAAUUGGGAAACCUCAAACCGUCCCAGUUGUUACGUUAA